UCUGUGAAGCAGCACUAACAAACCGGUCACCGAGACGUUACCGUCACAUUUAAGGAAAUGGAUUUCAGGUCGAGAGGAGAGUACGGGAGCCCGGACGGCCCCAGCAGCGUCGCGUCGUUGUAGGACGAGAUCAAAAGGCGUAAAAGACGCGUGGUUUCCGUUUCAUUCUCACGGCGGCUCCUCUCCGGUAACAGCUCUGCUCUGCGUGUGUGUGUGUGUGUAUAUGUGUGUAUAUGUGUGUGUGUGAGAGCGAGGGCGCUUAGUUAGCAGCCGUACGUUACACCGCGAGAAAUGGUCACGUCUACACGUCUUCUGCUGCCGAUGCUAAUAUGUCUCCAGCAUUGCAUUAACGUCCACGGUACAAAGACAGAAUGUGAGGCCAACCAGUUCCAGUGUGGUAAUGGCCGCUGCAUCCCGUCAGUCUGGCAGUGUGAUGGUGACGAGGACUGCACUGACGGCAGCGACGAGAGCUCCUGUGUGAGAAAGACUUGUGCGGAGCAGGACUUUGUCUGUCGAAACGGCCAAUGUGUCCCGAAGCGAUGGCACUGCGACGGGGAGCCGGACUGCGAGGACGGGUCCGACGAGAGUCUAGAAAUCUGCCACAUGAGGACGUGUCGAGUGAACGAGUUCAGCUGCGGAGCAGGCUCCACUCAGUGCAUCCCCGUCUUCUGGAAAUGUGACGGAGAGAGGGACUGUGACAACGAAGAGGAUGAGGUCAACUGUGGUAAUGUCACCUGUGCGCCAAACGAGUUCACGUGUGCCAGCGGCCGCUGCAUCUCCAGGAACUUUGUAUGUAACGGUGAGGACGACUGCGGUGACGGCUCUGACGAAGUCGAGUGUGCUCCGUCCUCCUGCGGUCCCAGUGAGUUCCAGUGUGGGAACUCAUCGUGCAUCCCGGCCAGCUGGGUGUGUGACGACGAUGUGGACUGCCAGGACCAGUCAGACGAGUCACCGUCUCGAUGCGGACGUCACCCAACGCCGCCGGCCAAGUGUUCGUCCAGUGAGAUGCAGUGUCGCUCAGGAGAGUGUAUUCACAAGAAGUGGAGGUGUGACGGAGACCCUGACUGCAAGGACGGCAGUGAUGAAGCCAACUGUCCCGUGCGUACCUGUGGAGCCGAUCAGUUCAAAUGCGAUGAUGGAAACUGCAUCCUGGGUGGCAGACAGUGUAACGGCCUCAGAGACUGCAGGGACGGCUCAGACGAACUCAACUGCAAAAACAUGACUCAGUGCAACGGGCCGGAUAAGUUCAAGUGUCGCAGCGGGGAAUGCAUCGAGAUGAGCAAAGUUUGCAACAAGGCCCGCGACUGUCCCGACUGGAGCGACGAACCCAUCAAGGAAUGCAAUCUGAACGAGUGUCUCCUGAACAAUGGCGGCUGCUCGCACAUCUGCAAAGACAUGGUGAUCGGCUUCGAGUGUGACUGCACACCUGGACUACAGCUCAUCGACCACAAGACCUGUGGAGACAUUAAUGAGUGUGUGAACCCCGGCAUCUGCAGCCAGAUCUGCAUCAACCUGAAGGGAGGAUACAAGUGUGAGUGCCACAACGGCUACCAGAUGGAUCCGACCACCGGAGUCUGCAAGGCUGUUGGUAAGGAGCCCUGUCUGAUCUUCACUAACCGCCGUGACAUCCGUCGUCUGGGUCUGGAGAGGAAGGAGUACACUCAGAUUGUGGAGCAGCAGAGGAACACCGUGGCGCUGGAUGCAGACUUUGACCAGCAGAUGAUUUUCUGGGCUGACCUGGGACAGAAAGCCAUUUAUAGCACUGUUCUGGACAAACGAGGAGACGUGGGCACCCACCACAAAGUGAUAGACAACGUCCAGACCCCCGUGGGAGUGGCUGUGGACUGGAUCUAUAAGAACUUGUACUGGUCCGAUCUCAGCACCAAAACGAUUUCUGUUGCCAACUUCAAUGGAACCAAGCAGAAAGUUCUGUUCAACAGAGGCCUCAAAGAGCCGGCGUCCAUCGCUGUGGAUCCGCUGUCUGGCUUUCUCUACUGGUCUGACUGGGGAGAACCAGCAAAGAUUGAGAAAUCUGGUAUGAACGGAGUGGACAGACAGGUUCUGGUGGCUUCAGACAUUCAGUGGCCAAAUGGAAUCACCCUGGAUCUGAUCAAAGGCAGGCUGUACUGGGUCGACUCUAAGCUGCACAUGCUCUGUAGCGUCGACCUGAAUGGAGACAACAGGAAGAAAGUCCUCCAGUCCUCGGAUUAUCUGGCUCAUCCCUUCGCUCUCACCGUGUUUGAGGAUCGAGUCUUCUGGACAGACGGCGAAAACGAAGCCAUCUACGGCGCAAACAAAUUCACCGGCUCUGACGUGGUGACGCUGGCCAGCAACCUGAACGACCCCCAGGACAUCAUCGUUUACCACGAGCUGAUCCAGCUGUCAGGUACCAACUGGUGUGCAGAGAAAGGUGAAAAUGGAGGCUGUAGCUACAUGUGUCUACCCGCUCCGCAAAUCAACAAACACUCCCCCAAGUACACCUGUGUGUGUCCAGAGGGUCAGGAGCUGGCCACCGACAGCUUACGCUGCAGACCAGAUUCCACUACCAAAGGUCCGUCAAAGGAUUCUGGGAUUACUAUAAAACAGCCAUCUACAGAAGCCAAUUUGAGAUCAUCCAUCCAGGUGGACUCCACAGCCAGAGGUUCUGCUGCUGCCUGGUCCAUACUGCCCGUCUUGCUGAUAGCGAUGUCUGCAGCAGGCGGCUACCUGAUGUGGAGAAACUGGCAGCUGAAGAACCAGAAGAGCAUGAACUUCGACAACCCGGUCUACCUGAAGACCACCGAAGAAGAUCUUAACAUAGACAUCACCCGGCACGGCGCCAAUGUGGGACACACGUACCCAGCUAUUUCGAUAGUGAGCACAGAAGACGAUUUAUCAUGAUCGUCCAUUUUUUUUACAGCAACCCUGCAGCGUUGCAUGGCGCCUCCUCGUUCCCAUGCCAAAGGUUGUCCUUAACCACGGCCACAGCAGCAGCCCUUACAGUACGACCACAUGCCUUCUGAAGUGCAUUAUGUCAUCACCUGUGGAGAGGAUGACCCGAUGAAAUGUUAUUUAUUAUGUGAAUACUGCAGUGAAUUAAGUGUCAUAACUGUUUUCUGAAGUGUGGAAGAUUUUUCUUUUUUUUUUUUUGCUUUCGGUCUUCAUUCAUCUUCAGGGCCUCGGACACAUGCUUCCCAUCUUCUUGGUUGCCCCGCCCUCUUCAAGGAGAAGAUGCUGAUCUUUUUGCAACUCAUGCGGAAUCUGCGUGAAUUUCCACAAUUUUGUGUCCACUCUCACGGGGCUUUGAACUGGAAACUGACCAGAGGACGCAGAGAUAGAUCGACUGUGCUAGACGGGAUUUAAAACUGGAUCUGAGCCGUUAAGACUGUCAGACUCCUCUUUGAACCUUAUUCAGACUGGAGAGGGAUGGGGGAACUUGGUCCCUACUGUACUUCUUGCUUCCUUUAAUCCAGCAGGCUCCUAUGUGUGAAUCUUCCUGUACGAUUCUGUUUUUUGGCGGUUAAAAUACGAUGUAAGUUUUCUUCUAUUUGUUAAUUUUUUUUUUUUUUCUCUCAAAUGGUACCUCCUGCGGUGCAUUCUUACAAGCUGUGUUUUCAAUCAGUAUUAUUGUUAUUAUUAUUAUUAUUAUUAUUGGAAGCUAUGUAAGGGUCACCAUGGUUACAGCAUUUGUAAACAUUGUACAUAGAUCUCCAUCAUGACGUUCGAUCAGGACUCUCUUUAAUGCACUUUGAUCAAAUGUUCCUUGUGUAAAUAAGAUUGUAUACAUUUCACUUGAAAUCGAUUUUUUGCUAAGGUUGGGCAUCGUGGGUUAGAGUUCAGAUGUAAUUUAACAAGAAAGUAAAAGCUUAAAAAAAAAAAAAACUAGAAAAAAAACGGUACAACUGAAUUUGGUAAAACUAUUUUGUAUGUUUAUGUGCUGUUGCUGUGAACUUUUUCUAGCCUUGUACAGCGAGGGGAACUUAAAGAGGUCUGUAUCUGUGAAGAAACUGAUUUGCAAAUCACUUGAGAAUUAAAAAAAUCUAAUCUACAACGUU